AUGCAGGCCGACCAAUUCACCCACAUUGUCGUUGGCGCCGGUUCGGCGGGCUGCCUGGUGGCCCGUCGGGUGGCCGAGAAUCGAGCCUUCAAUGUUCUGCUGAUCGAAGCCGGGCCCGAUGUCGAUGCAUCUCCCGCCAGUGCUUCCUCCGUACCUCAUGGUGUGCAUGAUGCCCGCCGAGUCCCCAUGGCAGGCCAAUCCGCGAUCUUUGACCCCCAGAUCGACUGGAGUCUUGAAGUCGACGUGACCACCGGAGGGCAAAUGAUUGUCCCACAGGCGAAGGUUAUGGGCGGAGGGAGCAGUAUCAACGGAGGCACUUUUUUGCGACAUACAGAGGCAGAUUCAAGGGAGUGGGUUGCAUUAGGGAAUGGUGGUUGGGAUUUCGAUAGUUCACUCGCUGUAUAUGAAGGACUCGAAGAUGAUCCCCUUCAAGGCACCCGCGGUCCGCAUCCCAUUGCCAGAGCGAGCAUGGAUGAAGCAGGCAAGAUUCAGGCUGCCUUCGUCGAUGGUGCUACAUCUUGCGGUCUCCAACGUAUCCAGGAUGUGAAGGCCACGGGAGCGGAGGGUGUCGGUCCGGCACCCGUCUGUCGUCGCGGCUCCACUCGGGUCAGUGCAGCGGACACUUUUAUCGGCCCGGCCCGGAGCUUCCCCAAUUUUACCAUCUUGACCAAUUCACUGGUGGAUCGAGUGCUCUUCCGGGACGGCAAGGCGGUGACAGUGGUGCUUGCCAACUGCCACAAGAUACACGCAACUCAUGAAGUCAUCCUCUCUGCGGGCGCAAUAUUCUCGCCUGCUAUCUUGCAACGCUCGGGUAUUGGUCCGACAGGGCUACUUCGACGAUAUGGAAUUGCACUUUUGGUGGAUCUGCCGGUGGGUUUGAAUCUAAGCGACCAUCCAUGUAUCCCACUGGUCGCGCGGCCACGACCCGGUGCUUACACGGACACGGAUUAUUCCUUGCAGAUGCAAGCGCGAUGGUCGUCAUCGCUGAAUCCCGGUGCUAUCGACUUGCAGAUGGUUUGUUUCUCAUAUCUCUUCGCCCAGCCGGUAGACCCUUCCGCAUCACAAGGAGGCCAGCCACAAAGAAGCUUGGGGGGCACAGAGACUGGUCAUGUCGCGGGAAUAGGAUGUAACGUCAAUAAGCCCACUUCACUCGGCACGGUGGAGAUCCGCUCCAAGGACGCGAACCAGAUGCCGCAAGUGCGUCCAAAUUAUCUAAGCACCCUGCACGACCGAGCUCUGGCACGAGAGGUUGUGCGCACUGCGUACGCCGUGCUCAUGUCACCUGCCAUGCAAAACGUACUCGCGGCUCCGCUGGGCAUCACUUCGCAAAUGGUAGCCGACGACGUGAUGUUGGAUGGUUAUAUACAAGCUCAAUAUUCGACAACUUACCAUUUCUGCGGCUCGUGUCGAAUGGCUGAUCGCGAGAAAGGCGGCGUUGUGGAUCAAAGCGGGCGUGUGUAUGGUGUGAAAGGGCUGAGGGUUGCAGAUGCGAGUGUGCUACCGACUGUGCCGGCGGCAAAUACGAUGGCAAGUUGUAUGCUGGUAGGGGAAAGGGUGGGAAGGAGCGUCUGUGAUGGCCAAAGUGUCCAGAAGGUAGUCAAAUCUCUUAUAUGA